GGACGAGGUCGCAAUUCAAUCACAUCUCUUAACAUUACACUUUCCAAUCAUUUCUCAUAACAUUACACUUUCCAAUCAUUUCUCAUAUCCAAGCAGUUAGCAACUAUGGCUGCCCUUGAAACCUUAAUCAGAGUAUCAUUGGUGGCAGCUAUGAUCAUCGAAAUCACCAUGGCAGCAAAUCACAUUGUUGGAGGACCUAAUGGCGGGUGGGAUACAAAUACAAACUUUCAAGAGUGGGCAUCAUCCCAAAACUUCUCAGUGGGAGAUAAACUCAUUUUUCAGUAUCCACCUAACCAUGACGUGGUUGAAGUUACAAAGGCAGACUAUGACUCCUGUCAGACAACCAACCCAAUCCAGUCCUACAAUGAUGGCGACACAACCAUCCCUCUCACUUCUCCAGGCAAGAGAUACUUCAUCUGUGCAACAUUAGGACAUUGUGGCCAAGGUAUGAAGAUUGAAAUAGACACUCUUGCUGGUGCAACUUCUUCCACCUCUCCAACAGAAUCUCCCUCACCUGCGGCUUCCCCAAUGAUUCCUGUUGCUCCCUCUGCCGAGUCCCCAGAUUUUACCAAUUCAGCAGCUGAAUCUCCAGAAUAUGUUCUGGCAGCACCCAGUCCGCUGUUUGACACGCAUCUAGAGAGUCCUGCAUUCUCCCCAGUCAUUCCUUCUACUGAGAAGUCACUGGACCCAUCAACUGCAUCAGCAAAGAAAGGAAACUUCCAGGCCUUCAUUACAAUUGUGUCUAGCUUUCUAUUGGUGCUUUUAGCCUCCUAAAGAUAGGAUAGAUCUAAGUCUACCACUGCCACUGAGCUACUUGUGUGUGAGCUUUUCUGUUUCUUUCAUUAUUUCUGUGGUUAAAAUUUCAGAGAGGUGUGCACGCUUUAUUAAUUGACAGAAAAUGAUAUCUCGUCAGUGAUUCAAUUUGAUGUUAUAGCCUUAUAAUGCA